UCCUUUCCGAUUCUUUGAAAGGGAGCGAACGAGGACGAAGGCGCAAAAAAAAAAUUUGCCCAAAAAUGCAGAGCUCAGCGUUUGCCCUCUCGCCUUCCAUCCCUCUCCUCCGUUCACGGAACUCAAACCCUAAUCCUAGAUGCCGGAUCCUUUCGACCUUUUCGGCGGCGAAGCCGUCAGUUGCUCCGAUCCGAGGCUGUGGUGCCUCCGGCGGCCUCCGAACGAUGUCACCAAGGCUCGGCGGAUGGGUACAAGCCUUGUCUUCCUCUCCUUCGCCACGACAAGAUCUCGUUGUGAGGGCAAGCUCCGUACCGGAAAGCGCCGGUGAGAGCUCUGCCAAGUCCAGCGAGCUGCUGCAGACGCUGCUACUCGGCUCGCUUUUCGGACUUUGGUACCUAUUUAACAUCUACUUCAACAUCUAUAACAAACAGGUGCUCAAAGUUUUUCCCAACCCACUGACAAUUACUACUUGUCAGUUUCUAAUUGGAACGGUGUUUGUACUUUUUGUGUGGACGACAAAUCUUUAUAGGAGGCCAAAUAUAACUUCUUCGCAGCUUUUAGCUAUUCUUCCGUUGGCUAUUGUCCAUACAUUAGGCAACCUUUUCACUAAUAUGAGCCUUGGAAAAGUUGCCGUAUCAUUUACACAUACAAUCAAAGCUAUGGAACCAUUCUUCUCAGUUCUGCUUUCUGCUUUGUUCCUUGGCGAGCAACCUUCCGUCUGGGUUUUAUUUUCUCUUGCACCAAUUGUUGGUGGUGUGGCUCUAGCAUCUAUGACCGAAGCUUCUUUUAAUUGGGCAGGCUUUUGGAGUGCUAUGGCUUCCAAUUUGACAUUUCAAUCCCGUAAUGUUCUUAGCAAAAAAGUCAUGGUCAAGAGAGAGGAAUCUCUGGACAAUAUCAACCUCUUCUCAAUUAUAACAAUUAUGUCUCUGCUCCUGUUAGCUCCUGUCACAUUCUUUGUUGAAGGCGUCAAGUUCACUCCGUCAUACCUACAGUCUGCAGGUUUGAACCUCAAGCAAAUCUAUGUGAGAUCCCUGAUUGCAGGAUUAUGCUUUCAUGCUUAUCAGCAGGUUUCGUAUAUGAUUCUGUCAAGAGUUUCCCCUGUUACCCACUCAGUUGGUAACUGCGUCAAACGUGUGGUCGUGAUUGUGACAUCAGUUCUCUUCUUCAGGACUCCAGUUUCUCCCAUCAAUUCCAUUGGAACUGGAAUUGCACUUGCGGGUGUUUUCCUCUACUCCAGGGUCAAAAGGAUCAAGCCAAAGACUGCAUAAAAGGUUACAUGCUGUCAUUUUUGUCGUAGAAUUAAUCAAGAACUACUGUUAUAUUAUUCUUUCGGGGCUUUGCUUUUAUGCAUUUAUGUGAGGAUUGCUAUCAUUGAUGUUUCGAUAAUGUAGUUGUUCCUCUUGUGAUAGAUUUGGUAUUCAAUUCAAACAUAUAGCACUUUAGAGACAUAAAAUAUUUCAUGUUUAUGAACCGUUAUAGAGUUUUGAAGAUGUUUCUUGUUAUCAAAUAUAAUAAAAGAUUGUUCUAUCGGCUUUUCUAUU